AUGUCAGCUACCGGAAUUAGCAGAGUACUUGCUCUUGGUGCUAAGCGACCCAAUCCUCCAAAGCAAAAAGAAUUAGCAUCCGAGUAUAACAUAUCUGAGCAAGUAGUUUCAGAUAAUUGGUGGGAUCGAAAUAAGUGGCUUCAACUUGAGGUUGAUAGUUAUGAUGCACAACUAAAAAAAGAAUGUUCACCUGGGUUUUCAAUGAUUGAAGAGGCAAAAAGUAUUGCUUCUAAUAUUGGAGAACAACAAUUUUGUAGUUCAAGUAUUUUUUGGAAGCAGAAACCAAAAAGAACUCUUGCUACCAACCCGCAAAAAGGCCAUAAAAUUGCUAAAGAGUGUGUUAUAUGUCUCAUUGCUUGUAAUACAACGAGUAAUCAAAAAUUAAAAUUAGCAUUUAUUCAUAAAUAUAAAACAUCUCGUUCUCUUCGUAAUAUUAAUUAUAAUAGGCUUCCAGUUUCUUAUUUUUGGAAUAAAACUUGUUGGAUGCAG